CGGGGCUGGGGAGCGGGGGCGGAGAGCGCAGGUCUCUGGGCCGCAGUCGGGGUGGUGCUUGCGCCCGGGCUCCUCGCCUCCCCUCCGGCUGCCGGAGUCCCCAGGCUGCCGCUCUUCGAUGCGCGGCCGGGUGCGGCGGCGGCGUGUCGACGCUAGAACUUGGCUCGUUUUGGAAGGACCCACCCAGUUCUGUCUGUGGUACUGCUGCCUCUGGGAGGAUUGGGGCUUGAACCCAUGAAAAGUAUCCCUGAGCAACUGUUGGAACCUUGUCCCACCCUGGCCCUGGCUCUUGGAGAUUACUGAUAUUUUAAACCAUCUGACGUGGACCUUCCUGGUGUGUCUUCCGAAAAGCAAUGGACUGGAACACCAAGCCUACGGAAAAUGCUGCUUUGUCAUCCUAUCUCGAAAGCCAGUCCCAUUUUCUGAGAAAAGCCUUAAAUCCACAUACCUUAGCGCCUCAGAGUUCUUGUAACUACUCUGGAAACGGUCAAGAAGUGUUCGUUUGUCCUAACAAUAAGAGUGCAACCUUACAGUCACUGCAGUACCAGAAUAUUGAAAGUCACUCAAGUCUCCAGCCAGCCUCUCACCGAGAGAGAUCCAGUAGGGCGCUCGCCGUCGCCCCAAGCCAAGCAGAUCAGAGUUCUCACAGACCCUUUGGAGUGCCAAGAAAUGCCUGGUUAAGUUCUUCAACAAAUGAUUCCAUGUUUUUUAACAGAGGAUUGUCUGGCGCCCCAUCUCAGGCAAGUCUCAGCGCUAGCGUACACAAUACCCUGAAAUCUCAGGACCAGUAUGUCUCCAACACCUAUACGAUGCACCUCCAGAUGCUGUCAUCCAACUCGUCCAAGGUUCCUGCACUGUAUCCAGGAAAUCAGGGGACCCAUGUGUACUCAGCAGAGCAGCAGAUAGCGUGGGGACCACCUUGUGCCCCCAAUGGACUCACGGUGCCUUUUCAUCAGCCAAGUCAGUAUCUCGAUUCCCAGAGAGGUGUAGCAGCCAACAUUCCUGACUCGAGCGUUCAGAAGCAGCCUGCCGGGUCAGCCGCCCCGUUACAGGUGACAAACAUUCAGGUUCUGAACCCUGCUGUGGCCGCUGCCUCGGCGCCUCCCCCCUAUCAGGGCGGGGAGACUCACCACUAUGCUGCUAUCAGUACCGUCACGGAGACCAGUAAUAGAAACCUCCCGAAUUACUACUGUAGAGUCAUGCCACCAUUUCCCAAAAAUGCUCAGUAUUUAGCCCAGAACCCACCGAAUGAAGUCCUGCAUGCUCAACAAGCCCAUCUUUCUGAAACAAAAAGAGGUUUUGGGAGAGAUUGCCAACCCCAGUGGCAGAACACCAAUGAAAACAGCCACCUGAUUGGAAGCUCGUGCAGUCAGAAACCGAACGCUGAAGCAAACCAUCCCUUUUGUGAAGCAGUUAAUUCUUUUGCAGUUGGUGGACUGCCUCACUAUAAAAAUAAACCAGUGAGAACAAAUGUUUGUGAUGCAUCUUCAGAAUUACUGAGCACAAUGCCAGCACCCGGCAACCAGAAAAACAGGCCUUCUCUUGGAGAAGGCAGUGGUUUUCUUGGGGAAAGUAAUGGUUCUCUCCGGGAAAGUAGUAGUUCUUUUGUGGAUGGUAGUGGUUCUCAUAGUAGUCAGCCAGUUCAUUCAGAAAUGGAGAAAUCAAAAGAAAAUGAUUCCACUAUCAUAAAAGAAGGCUUAUUUAGGGAUAUCAAAAAAUUACUGGCUAUGAAAAAUGAAUUUUUGAAGUUGGCAAAAGAGAUUAAAAUUAAAAAAACCUUUCUUUCUGGAAAUCAAGAUAAAACAAGGAAUUCUUUACUGCAGAAUACUGGUACUCCUCUGCAACUUCCUUCUAAGGAUCAGUCUUUUCCACAGUUAAUAGCAAUGAAGUCAACGCAUCAGCCACUGACAGCAAUGCAAUCUGUAGAAGAUACAAAUAAAACUAACACACUGAACACUAGUAUUAAAGAAUAUGAUUGCAAUAGACAGAUUGGAAAUUCAGUUUUUCCAAAUUCUGCCUCUUCUGGAAAAUUGCAAACAGAGCAUAUGAACACUUUUUUCCAGGAAACCCCCCCAGUGUGUCAGAAAACCAUGUCAGCUCUUAAUCCUGCACAGCUGCCAUCAAGUCAGAUUGCCAUAGAUGUCAAUAAAGGCGAUAGAUUUGAGGGACCUCAACAAUUAUCCAGUGAUACAAUGAAAAUUUCUCUUGCCCAACAAAGUAAAAACACUUUGAAAAAGAAAGAAAAUCACAAACUACUUACACAUCUCCUUACAAGUGACAAUACAACUUUAGAUUUUACCACUAAGGUAAUGAAUCAAGAAACAUCAGUAAAAGGUACAAGUGAAAAGAUGGAGGACUUUAAUAAAUCUAUCCAUUCUGAAGUAAAGCUAAAAAUGGACGUCGCUAGUACUCAGUCACAUUUAAAAAACACAGCAAUUCCAGGGACCACUAGCACAAAUGGUGAUGGUUUCGAUAAUUCUGUUAAACCAAAAGAUAGAACUUCAAUUUUCCUUAAUGGAAUAUCUGAUACAAAGGAUAAUAAUUAUUCUAUGGAAGAACUAGCUGCAUGUCUUGCAUUAUGGAAAAAGGCACCAUCAGAAUCUACUAACGUUCAGAAAUGUGACAAAUUAGGAAAAAAUAAAACAUCAGAUGGAAUGUCAUCUUCUACAGCCAUAAGAAACACAAAUGAACCAAUUUUGCCAACUGCCAGUGUUCCCAUUGGGCACAAACAUGAAUCUGGAAAUUUAAAUUUAACAAAGGGGAUUGAACUUCAAAUUGCUGUUGUGUCUCCUUUAAUCCUUUCGGAGGUAAAAUCAUCAGAUAACCAACCACUGAAGCCUACUAAGUCUUCUUCAGAAUCAAUAUUCCCAGUUAUUCAAGAAGGCAGCGUGUGUAGUUUGCAAGACCAAAUUCAGGGAAAAAAAGAAGUAGCUUCAUCAGAUGUUUAUACUGCUAAAGGAACAGUAGGAAUUUCUGUUGCAACACAAAAUUUCCCACUUACUAAUAAGUUAAAUUCUAAAUUAAAAGACAUAAAAUCAGCUGAUGGAAUAGUACAUUCAAAUGUAAAGUUGAAUUUUUCAUCUGAAACAACGAAAGAAAAUGUAGGCAGGUCAGAGUCGCACCCGUCCCAUUUAAAAAAGGACACCUCUCCUAGAAGUUCAGACAGCUCGCAGCAUCAAAAAGGUUUUGAACAAGACAAAGACCAGAAAAUCUCAGAACAGUUGGUAGAUGACACCCCAAUGAGUGAUGACUUGUUACACAUCGCUAGUGUCUGUUCCCUUGUUGAAGGUGAUGAGUUCUAUAAUUCCCAAAUAGCUAGUAUGUUCAACUCUGUCCCUCUGACCCAGGUUGAUAAAAAAGAAGUUUCACCACCAGACAAAACUCUGAUUGAAAGUCACCAACUUAAAGAACAGUUGAACCAGCCAAAAUAUGAAUCUGUGGGCGAUUUGAAAGUUAAGAAUUUGCUGAAAAUUGAAAACGGCUUACCUAAAACAUCUGAUGGGACCCAAUCAUUGGAAACUUCAAAAAGCUUUCAGCUGAAGCUUGGAGAAAAAGACAAUGGAAGUGUUAAGCCAAAAAAUGAUGUGGAACCGAAGAUUGAGAAGACAGAGGUUGCUAGUAAAGCAUGUUGCUCAUCAACUAAUGGUCAGAAAUAUCCUAAUGCUAAAGAAAUUGCUGCUGUGUCUAGCACACAGUUCGCCAAAGAGCCUCCAUCUUGUAUGGUCCAAAAUAUUGAACAAGCAAACAAUAGGAUAAUUUUUGAUGCAGUAUCUGUGAAACUUCUAAAUGACCAAUUGUCUGAACUUGUAGAAGAAUUUCCUUAUGGUAUUGAAAGUAGAGACACAUAUAGUAUUAUAGCAUCAGAAAAUAAAAAUUCAUCACUGCAACAAACCACCAACCCGGUUACAAAAGAUAAAGAAACCACCAUCAAAAGUAAUUGUGACUCUGAAGAUCCAAUAAACCAAAUAAAAAUUACAAUAUUGAGCUCAGAGCGCAUGAAAGAAUUGUUCCCUAAAGAGAAUGAAGAUACCUGCGAGAAAGAUGAAAACCUGGACAAAUUGAAAAAAUCUAGGAAAAAAGAAACCGUCACAGACAUUGAAGAUCACUGUGGUUCACGUGUGAAAACUAUAGGAGAUAAUGGCACUCCGGAUUCCAUUAUACCUUCUAUAGGAAAAGAUAACAUCCAUUGCUGUACAUUAGGCUGGCUAUCUACAGUUUAUGACGGAGUGCCCAAAUGUCAUUGUGAUUCUAGAAGGGGCAUUAAGAAAGAUGAUACGAUUGAUGGUCAAAGUAAAGGAGACCCUGCUACUGGUGGGAACAUUAUUUCUGCAAAUAAUUUGCAGAAUUUGGUGGCAUAUUCUGAAGGGAAAAGAAGUUUACUUGAAAUGGAACAAGAUGAAAUAAAAUGUUCACCAAAGACCUUUGAGAAAGAAAAGCCUGGUUUUUCUUCAAAGAGGAAAAUGAUGAAGCAUAAUGAAAGAGAUUCUCAAGAAAAUCCACAGAAGAUACUUAAGGCAAGAAACUUAAUCCCUUUACAUGGGGAAAAAAAAAAACCCCGUUUUUGGUCAAUGAAAAACAAAGAACUUUUUAAGAAGGAACGGCCCUCAAGGGAUUUGGUAUCAACAGAGAAGUUAAAACAGAAAUUUAAGUCCAGUUGCUCAAAAUUUAAAAAUCCAAAACAGAAGUUGGAACAAAUGAAUACAUCUAAUAUGGAACAUAAAAAGAAAUAUGAGCUAGAACAGAAAACAGGCAUAGUAAAUGGGUCUAAGUUCUGUGAGUCUCUUUCAGGCAAGAAUGAAGAAAAUUGUCAUGUAGACAAAACAUCUACAGAUGCAAAGUCCACACACUUGGAAAAGAGUGGACACCAGAGUGUGAUGAACACUUCAAAUGUGAACUUGAACUCUUCAAAGUCUUAUGAGAGUCCAUCUAAAAUGAAUAAAAAACUCUCUUCUCAAGAUUAUUUACAGAGGAAAAAGAAAAAAGAAAAGAUCAGCAAAGGAGACUUAAAACAAAGGCACGAAAAUGAGAAAUUAAAAAAAAAUAGGCCCCAUGUUUCUGACUGUGUGUGGCGCAACAAACUCACUAUAAAACUGGUUAACUGUGCAAAAUCAAAUGAAGGACAUGACGUACGGAAAUAUAAAAGAUCAUUAGACAAUUUAGCACACCAUAAUAAAGCCACUAAGUCUCACAGAAGCAAGAUCCAUCAUUCAAAAGAGUCCCAAAGAGGUGGCAUUGCGAGGAAUGUGCAAGAAAAGGUUGGUGAAAAGCCAUCUGAUAAUAAAGCUAUUUUAAACAAAAAAGUGAACAAAUAUAACCAAAUGCCCCUCCAAGGAAGGGAUCAAAGGGAACAAAAGAAAAUGUAUUUGAACAGAGUUGCAUUCAAACGCACUGCACAAGAAAGUAUUUGCCUAACAAAAUUAGAAUGCUCACCUGGCAGAUCUGUAAAUCAAGGUAAGCAUGAUAAUGAUGGUAAUAAGACCAACCAAGAUUCAUUUGCACUUGAGAGGGAGAAAUUUGAAAAACCAAGAAUGCUGGAAUUUAAGUUAUGUCCAGAAGGACUGCUUAAGAAUGGAAAGAAGGAAGAACAUCUGGAUUUUAAGUCGUUUACCAAGAAAGAACAAGUUCCUGUACAAGGCAUAAAAAGCACCAAAGAAGACUGGUUAAAAUGUAUUCCUCAGAAGAAAAGGAAAGUUGAAGCGGUCAAAGAUAAAGAUGACAGCGCGCCGUCCAGCUCACGAGCCUACAAGAGGGCCUUCAGUGACGGCGGAUUCAAGGCCGCCGAGAACUCGUCCAGAGACUCCACGACCAUGUUUCAGACCUACAAGAAACUGUACUUGGAAAAGAGGAGUCGAAGCGUGGACGCCGCCUGUCCCAAGUGACUGCUGGGCGCGGCCCUGCGCAGUGCCCCUCCCCCGCGGCAGUGCUGCUGUUUGGUGUACACUUGUAUAGGCGGGCGUCCCUUCACCAGCUUGGCUGGGCAACACCUGGUCUGUAUGGGGAGAAAGUUCCGUCUUUGCUUAGGAAACCCUCCGAAAUCCUGAUCGGGCUUCCGGGAGAACCACCAAGUGUUUAGCUGCUACACACAUUAGUGAACCAAACAGACGGCAUGACAAGGAAACUGUUUCGUUGUUGCGUUUUUCCUUAUUUUUGUAUUUCAGAGCCGACGAGAACUGUAAAAAUUCACCGAGAGUUGAGGGAAGGCCGUUCCUCAACAACCACCUGUACAUUGGGCUAGUUCUGUAAAUACUUGUGUUUAUAAGCUAUAUUAGCCGAUCGUAAUCAAUUGUGAAUUUGGAAUAGUAUUUUGUUAAAAGUGCCUUUUUGUACUGUUCAAUUUUGUAUGGAAGUGUAAACUUUCCCCCAAAGUCUGGUUUUUUUACUUAUUACUUUUCAUACUUGAAAUAAAGACUUAUUUUGAAAAUUU